AUGAAGUGGUGCUUUCUUCCAAAUCUCUCCCGCAAGCAGUCACUUGACGGCCAAGGUUUUUCAAAUCACAACCACAAUGACGUCUUACUAACAUUAGCAAAGCCGAUCAUCUUAGCGAGGGCGAAAAACAAUGCAAAUUUUGUAUUCUCGCCGUCGUCCCUCCACAUUGUAUUGAGCAUGAUUGCAGCCGGAGCAAAAGGCCAAACUCAAGCCCGGCUUCUUUCUUUCCUCAGGUCUAACUCCAUUGAGGAGCUCAACUCUUUAGGUUCUUUAUUAGUCACUUCUGUACUGGCCGACGGUAGCCUUUCUGGCGGCCCUCGCGUGUCGUCUUCGAAUGGAGUUUGGAUUGAUGGUUCUACCCGAUUCGAUCUUAACUACAAGAAUGCGUUGUCCCUUUUUUAUAAGGCUCAUCCUAAUGAAGUUGAUUUCCGAAACAAGCCGGACGAGGUCAUCGAUGAGGUGAAUGAUUGGGCUGUAAAAGAAACAAAUGGCCUAAUCCAAGCUAUUCUUCAGCCUGGCGCGGUUGACAACCUUUCCAUGUUGCUUGCAAAUGCACUAUAUUUCAAAGGAGCUUGGGAAGAAAAGUUUGAUGCAUCGAAGAGAAAGGAGCGCAAGUUUCAUCUUCUGGAUGGAAAUACAGUGAAAGCUGCUUUUUUCACUAGCGACAAAAAUCGACAUAUCAGUGCAUAUAAAGGUUUCAAAGUGUUGCGACUUCCUUACAAAAACGGCCGCCGGUGUUUUUCCAUGUACUUGUAUCUUCCAAAUGCCAAGAACGGACUGCUGGAUUUGGUGGAAAAUAUUAGUUCGAGACCUGGAUUCGUGAAGCAUUAUUCCCCGAGUACAAAAGUUGAAGUUGGGGACUUCCUGAUUCCCAAGUUCAAGAUCUCAUUCGGGUUUGAAAGUUCAGGCACGGUUUUCCCUUCUACUGGAGGGCACAACAUUUUCCAGGAAUCCUACAUUGAUGUCACCGAAGAUGGAUCGGAGGCCGAAUCCUUCACUGAUGCUGCCCAAUAUGGAACAGAAACCACUGCCGAAAUUGCUGAUUCCAAGGCUACUUGUUCAACAACUCCUAAGACUAAGAAGAGACUAAACUUUGUUGCCGAUCAUCCAUUCCUUUUUCUCAUAGCGGAAGAUACAAGUGGGACGGUACUAUUCAUGGGCAGCGUGCUUAGAGUUGAUCGGUGGCGGAGGGAGGGGGCACCAGUAGGGGCGGUCGCUCCCCCUCCCUCCAAUUUUUUUUAA